CCCACUUCCAUUUCAUUCCACCGGGACUUUGACGUUUUCGUUGAAGAAUUCUCAAAUUUUCUUUCUUUCAUCUAAAAACAGUUGAACUGGGUAUUCAACAUGGUUAACGGACGAAUCCCAUCCGUCUUUUCGAAGACUUAUGUGACUCCACGUCGCCCCUAUGAAAAGGCGCGUUUGGAUCAGGAAUUGAAGAUCAUUGGCGAGUAUGGUCUCCGUAACAAGCGUGAGGUCUGGAGAGUCAAAUAUGCUCUCGCUAAGAUCCGUAAGGCUGCUCGUGAGCUCCUUACUUUGGAAGAGAAGGACGAAAAGAGAUUGUUCCAAGGUAACGCUCUCCUCCGUCGUUUGGUGCGUAUUGGUGUCCUCGAUGAAUCACGCAUGAAGCUCGAUUACGUGUUGGGUUUGAAAAUCGAAGAUUUCUUGGAACGUCGUCUCCAGACCCAGGUCUUCAAAUUGGGAUUGGCCAAGUCCAUCCAUCACGCUCGUGUCUUGAUCCGUCAAAGACAUAUCCGUGUCCGCAAACAAGUCGUCAACAUCCCAUCAUUUGUUGUUCGUCUGGACUCGCAGAAACACAUUGACUUCUCCCUGAAAUCGCCCUUCGGUGGUGGCCGUCCAGGUCGCGUGAAGAGGAAGAACAUGAAGAAGAACCAAGGAGGUGCCGCACCAGCUGAAGAAGAGGAAGAUUAAGUUAUUCGAUUCUUCUCGGGGAGGUUAGGAGAUUCCUAAGCUGGUUCUUUUGUCUAUCCGCUAGUUAAGGGAUAAUAAAAGUUUUUAUAUAUAAAAAUCUAAAA